UUCCAUUGGUGGAUUACGAAGGGCAAAGACGACCAUAAAGCCAAUGAGACAUCGCCCUCACGUCUUCAGUACACCGUCUUCGUCGGACAGCUGCCCUCCAUCUCCAGCGUGAACUCUGCGAUCAGGCCUUUGCUCGUGCCCGCAGGAUGUCCACGUUAAAGGAGAUCUGCAGCGGUUUACCUCUGGACCCUUUGCCUCUGAACCGGGGAAGGGACCUCGAUGUACCACACGCACCUCUGAGGACACCCGGCCUCACAGCAGAGGAGGAGCGGUUGGCGCUGAGAAAUGCGCUGCGUUAUUUUCCUCCCUUCCACCACCCAACCCUUGCACCUGAAUUUGCUCAAGAGCUGCGGCAGUAUGGACACAUCUACAUGUACCGCUUCUGCCCCGCAUUACGCAUGAGAGCUUACCCCAUAGAUCAGUACCCAUGCCGUACACGUCAAGCUGCCUCCAUAAUGCUAAUGAUCAUGAACAACCUGGACCCAGAAGUUGCUCAGUUCCCCCAGGAGCUCGUCACCUACGGAGGGAAUGGACAGGUCUUCAGUAACUGGGCCCAGUUUUGCCUGGUGAUGCAUUACCUGAGUGAAAUGACGGAGGAACAAACCCUGGUGAUGUACAGCGGUCAUCCAAUGGGCCUGUUCCCCAGCCUGCCUUCAUCGCCCCGCGCCAUCAUCACCAACGGCAUGGUAAUUCCAAAUUACUCAUCAAGAAAUCAGUAUGAAAAGAUGUUUGCUCUUGGCGUAUCAAUGUAUGGUCAAAUGACGGCAGGCAGCUACUGCUACAUCGGCCCCCAAGGAAUAGUUCAUGGCACUAUGCUCACUGUGCUGAAUGCCGGCCGCAGGUACUUGGGCUCUGAUGACUUGAGGGGACGCGUAUUUGUGACCUCCGGUCUGGGCGGCAUGAGUGGAGCUCAGGCUAAAGCCGCCGUCAUUGCCGGUUGUGUUGGCGUGAUCGCGGAGGUGGACGAGGCUCCUCUCAGAAAGAGAUAUGAGCAGGGCUGGCUUAUGGAGAUCACCAGCAGCUUGGAUCACUGCAUUAAACGCAUCAGAGAGGCCAAGAUCUCCAAGACACCCCUCAGUAUUGGUUACCAUGGCAACAUAGUUGACUUGUGGGAGAGGCUGCUUUUAGAGUAUGAGAGGACAGGGGAGCUCCUGGUGGAUCUGGGUUCAGACCAGACCUCCCUUCACAACCCAUAUGGAGGAGGCUACUACCCAGUCCAGCUCAGCUUCCUCCAGGCAAAUCAGCUCAUGGCAACUGAUUCUAACCGUUUCAUAACUACAGUCCAAGAAAGCCUCCGCAGACAAGUUAAGGCCAUCAACAAGCUCUCUGAUGCUGGUUUGUUCUUCUGGGACUAUGGCAACGCUUUCCUCCUGGAGGCCCAGAGAGCUGGAGCAGAAGUAGAAAAGGCUGGCGCGGGCGCAACGGAAUUCCGUUACCCGUCUUAUGUCCAGCACAUCAUGGGGGACAUAUUCUCUCUGGGCUUUGGCCCGUUUCGCUGGGUUUGCACAUCCGGCGACCCUCAAGAUCUUGCUGAAACGGAUGGUAUCGCUGCUAAUGUCCUGGAGGAAAUCAGUUCCAAUGUGACUGAUGAGAUCAGACAGCAGUACAAUGAUAACAUCCGCUGGAUCAGAGAGGCUGGAAAACACAAAAUGGUGGUGGGAUCUCAAGCCAGAAUCCUCUACUCUGAUCAGAAAGGAAGAGUCUGCAUUGCUUUGGCUAUAAACCAGGCCAUUGCUGAGGGGCGAGUUUCAGCUCCCGUGGUUAUUAGCAGAGAUCAUCAUGAUGUCAGUGGCACAGACAGCCCCUUCAGGGAAACCUCUAAUGUGUAUGAUGGGUCUGCCUUCUGUGCAGACAUGGCCGUCCAGAACUUUGUGGGUGAUGCAUUCAGGGGCGCCACGUGGGUAGCCCUGCAUAAUGGUGGUGGUGUUGGCUGGGGCGAGGUAAUGAAUGGCGGGUUUGGGUUGCUGUUGGACGGCUCGGCCGAGGCAGCAAAGCGGGCCAGACUAGUGCUCAACUGGGACGUCUCCAACGGGGUGGCUCGCCGCUGCUGGUCCGGAAACUCAAACGCCUAUGAGACCAUCCGGCACACCAUGGAGGAGAACGGCCAGUUGCGUGUCACCAUGCCCUUUCCUGUGCAGGAUGAGUGCGUGCUGGACCGUGCCCUGCAGGGGUAGCCAACGUCACAGCGCAGAUUACAAACGGCCAUCGAUAUGCAGGCGCACAGCGAGGAGGCCUCAAACUGUAGCCCUCUAGUUUCCCUACAGUCAGCACUAGCGGAAGUAUUAGGGGCAGUGUUGUUACAUAAAUGGUUCGUCAUGAAUGCACAAAAUGCAAAGUAGACUACACCCUUUUGCCAGGCUAAAUAUUGUUUUGAUUGUGUGCUGAAAAUUAAACUAAGUAUGUAUAAAUGAU